CAAUAAUGGUUGUCUGUCAGUUUGUCAAGUAUUUACAAAUUAUUGCAUGGCAUAUUGUUUUUACAUUAUAAAUAAUACGAAUUUAGAAAGUAAUUUUAACGGUUAUUGUAUAUAAACAAUUCAUCCUUGUAUAAUAGAAUAAAAUAAAAUUAUACGUGUAAUUAAUGCACAAUGUGCCACCGUUAUUCGUGAUAGAUUUAUCACUAAUGGUCGAUUUUGGAAAAGGGUCCUCGAUUGUGAAAAAUUUAUCAGAGCAAAUUAUUGAACAUGGAUAUCCCUGUGCAAAUAGCUAUACGGCUAAAACCGCCGAGCCUUGCGGAUUCUACCCAAUGUAUAUUUAGCAACCCUGUUACUCAAAUAGUGAUUACGGAAAGUGGACAGACGUUUCAUGUAAACAGAGCUUUGCCAGUGGAUUGUACCCAGGCUCAUCUAUUUAACUCUUUUAUGAUACCGCAAAUCAAUUGCUUUUUGGAUGGAUGUGACACGUCUGUUGUUAUUUUUGGCCAAUCAAAGACUGGAAAAACUUACACUCUCUUUGGUCCAGGUUUUGAAUGUAUUCAUAGUGAAUGUGAUCAAGGCAUUGUGCCACGAUUUCUCACUGAGAUAUUUCACAAACUGAAUCAAAUGCCAGAAAGGGAAUUUGUUUUACACAUCACAUGGAUGCAAGUGGUCAACAAUAAUAUAUUUGAUGUUCUCGGAGCUGGACUGGUCAGGUGUAACAAUGUGGAAGAGACUUUUCAAUAUCUCCAGAUGGGUUGGAGGCAGAGAUGUCAGGGAAACAACCACACUGUUUUCACUGUUAGUGUUGAACAGAAAUGGGUGGGCACAAAUGGUGUUUUAAACCACAGAAUGUCUACAGCUAGUUUUUGUGAUCUUGCGGCUUAUCCAGAUCCUGGAUUAUAUGCUUUAGAAAACAUACUUAAAGAACUACUUGCUGGCAAUCCACCAAAACAAAUAAACUAUGACAGAUGUAUCCUCACAGCGAUGCUCAGAGAUUCGUUUGGUGGGAGAGCUUUCACAUGGGUCAUUGGAUGCAUAAGUGCUGAGCCAGAGGACUAUCAAGACACCUUGAAGAUACUAAACUUGUGCUUGUGUUGUAGAGGAAUAAAGAAUUUUGUCACUGUUAAUUUAUUUGCUGACAAUAACACUCCGGUAUAUGGUGAGAAAACAAUAUUGCCAAAUACAGACAAUAAUUUUAAUUUACAAUUUGCUACAGCUCAAUGGAUAAAACUGGUUUCUAAUGCUGAAGGACUUUUUAAUAAAAUAUUACAGUCAAAAUCACUAACAGAGGCUGAUAUAAAUCAAGUAAGUGAGUGGUUGUUUCUGAAAGCUGAAUGUGAUGAAUGCCUAAAUAGUGAUAAUGUAGUAGAUAAUAAAGAUGUUAAUACAAAACAAGGCUUACCAAGAAUAGCAGAAGAUACAGAACCCAGUGAGUUAAGUGAAUCUGAUGUUGAUUCUGAUUCAGAAGAAGACACACAUUCAGACACUGUCUUUCAAGAUAAGCUUGAAAAAUUUAUGGAAUACUUCAGAGAGAAAAAUGAUCAGCUAUUCGCAGAGAGAUGUGAAGAAUAUUUAAAUCAUGUUGAUUCUGAUGACAUUACAAUUUCAGAGACAAGUGGAUCUCAGUCAUUGCCAAUAAUGACAUCACAAUCUAAUUCAGGAAGAAGGAGAACUAUACAACCUGGUGAAAGUUUAUCUGGUGCAGAACUAGAAUUAUUAAGAAAAGUGGCAGCUAAAGCAAUAUCACCUGAAUCUCAGAAAAUACUUAUUGAAUCUCGCAAAAAGGAUCUUGAUCCAGAACCUAAGUUGAUAGAAAGAGAAUUAUUAAAAAUGAUUGAUACACCUAAGAUUGAUGAAAUAUGUAAGAAGUAUAAAAUGACUAAGGAGAAAUACACCCAGAAACAAAUUUUGGCUAGAAAACUUUCUAAAGAAAUAAGCAGUACUCAGUCACAAUUAAAAGAACUAAUUAACCUUUGUAUUGCCAAAGAGAGAUUGAUAGAUGAACUUACAAGAACAUUGCUCCAUAAUAAUGAGAACAAACCAUCUGAGAAAGGGAUAGAGUGUAGUGUCAUUGACCAAGACACUAUCAAAGAAAUAAAGAGGCAUGAAACUAAUCUUAAAACAUAUAAAAAGCAAAUUGAGCAAAUAAAAAAGCAAAUAAAGAAGGAUGAAAAACGUAAAAAUACUUUAGAUAUAGAACUUGUAAAAGAUAAACUUAAGUUAGAUGAAUUAUCAGACACAUCGGUAGAUGUGAAAGAUAAAAAAGUUAAUUCAUUGAAGCACUUUACAAAUAGAAUUACACAGUUGGACAGUAUUUUAAAGGAAAAGACAAAUGAUUUAGAAAACACAGACCUAUCCAAAGAUAAAGAGUUGAUGUUGAGGAAGGAAAUCAAAAACCUAAGGAAGACAAGAGAAUGCCUCCAUGAUCAAAGAUGUAGUUUAGGUCACAAGAGAAAGGUCUACAAAUCACUUUCAGAUUCAGAGGAACGUAAAUUGUUAGAAUGUGAAGAAGCCAUAGAAGCAAUAGAUACUGCAAUAGAAUACAAGAAUAAUUUGAUUUGUGGUAAAUCACCAUCUGCAUCGCUGUCUGACUCUCAAGAUAAUAAGGAUUCAAGGAGCAGAGGCGAGCAAAUGUUGAUGGCGAGAUUAGACAAACUAUCACAUGAUGAAAUGAAAACUUUACUUUAUAGGUAUUUCCAAAAGGUGGUGGAUUUGCGCGGCGCGUGCGCAGCGCUGGAGGCGGGCGCGGCGUCCGCGGCUGACGAGGCCGCCGCCUGGCGCGCGCGCGCCGCCGCCGCCUGGCGACACGCGCAGCGACUCAAGCCGCACGCACACACCAGACAUUUUCAGUCUAUACAUAGAUGUCUGGACAGCGGUAAUGCGGAGAGGGCUUUAUCGCUAGGCAUGACGUCAGACUCUGAAACUUCUGAUGAUGCCAUGCGAUUGGUUAAUCGUAUGAAACAACUCGCCAGAUAUCCUGCUCCUCCGGUAAUACCUAGUCAAAACUUGCGACAACUUAUGCCUGCUACAAAUAUUCCAGUCGCUAAAGUCACAAAAGAGAAGAACAAGCUGGUAAUAAUACAGCAGAAUAAGAAACACUGAUAUUUAGAGAAGUUUUUUAUGUUUAUGACUACUGUGGUACUUAUAUUUACAUUUAUAUGUUAUUUGUGCUACACGAUUUUUAUCUUUACAUGGUUGUUCUAGCAUCACAAAUUAAAAUAAAGAGAAAAUAGUUAGAAAUAUCAGGCUAUGUACUUAGAUGUAUUCAUUAAUAGAAGUAAUUUUUCAUAAAUUAUAAGCAUAUUGCGUAAAUAUUUAGCUUAUUUCGGUUAAAGCGAUUGUGGAUAUUUAUGUUAAAAGACUGUUUAGAUAUGUAUAUACAAAAUAAUGAAUUCUAGUAAACUUUUAAAUUUGAUUAGAGAUAUUUUAAGUCAAUUAUAUUACUCUUAUUAACACUAUAUUGUUAUAACAUAAAUGCACCUGUGUAUUUGCUCAUAUAUUAUGGUAUCUGGGCGAUCCGGCAACUCGUGUUACUAGAAAUUACUAGCCAAUAGCUUAACAGACAUUUCGCUCACGACAAACCUUGUAAUUAUUAUUGUAAAUUUAAAACCCGCUAUGUGGACCAUGCAUGAAUUCACAACGAUGAGAUAGGAUUGUUUGAGCCCAAUUUCAGAAUUUGGUUAGAAAAUUAUGUAGGUUUUUUAUAGCAGGAUCUUAUACGGAAUGUACCGUAAUUGUUGAACAUGUGGUUAGUUAUGUAUUAAGACUUAACACAAAUAAAAAAUCGCAUACUUAAUAAUGAAGUAUAAAGUUGCAAUAUAAUCUUUAUGGUUUAAAUAAGUUUCGGAGUCGGUAAAUUGUAUUUUAAGAAAUAUAUUCCAUGGUUAGAUAUUAUAACAGCUGCAGUCAUAUGAUGUCCGAUAAUAAUGGAUAUCAUAAUACUCAUUACUCAUUGCCUCGGUGGCGUAGUUGUACUGCAUGCGCGGUACGGCAGCGCUCUGAGGUCCUGGGUUCGAAUCCCGGGUCGGGCAAAGUGAUAUUUGGGUUUUUCUGCUCAGUAUCAGCCCGGAGUCUGGAAUUUGUGCCCGAUAUGGCGAUAGGCUCGCCCCCUAUCACAUCAUGGGACGGAACACACUUGGCGAAAAGUGGGUGCCAUGGUUGCGCCUCUGCAUACCCCUUCGGGGAUAAAAUGCGUGAUGUUGUGUGUGUGUGUAUAAUACUCAUUAUUAUUGGGCCCUGCUAUACACAACUUAUUUAAAUAUAAAUUAUUUAUAAUUGUAAAGUUUAAAGAUCUUGCUGAAUUUAUUGGUUAGAAAUCAUCAUUAGAACAUGUUAAACUUUAGUAAUUCUAUUGCUAAUAACUUGCCAACAAGGGGUUUAAAAAAAACUGCUGCGAUGCGCCAAAAAUAUGUACAUAUAUUUUUACUACAUUAUACGAUUACUGAUCUACUAUUUGAUAUUUAUUUAAAAUUCCAAGGAAUACAUAAAAUUCCCUCGGUGAGUACGGAGUAAUAAUGCGUUAUGUAUAGAAUGUUCCCUCGCAAUUUCUGUAAAAUAAAAUUAUUAUUUUAUA